GCGCUUCCGGAGGGGGCGGGGCCCGGGGAACAUGGCGAAGACUUACGAUUAUCUCUUCAAGCUGCUGCUGAUCGGGGACUCGGGUGUGGGCAAGACGUGCGCGCUCUUCCGCUUCUCUGAGGAUGCGUUCAACGCCACCUUCAUCUCCACCAUCGGCAUCGACUUCAAAAUCAGAACCAUAGAGCUGGACGGGAAGAGGAUCAAGCUGCAGAUCUGGGACACUGCCGGCCAGGAACGGUUUCGAACAAUCACCACAGCCUACUACAGAGGAGCCAUGGGCAUCAUGUUAGUGUAUGACAUCACCAAUGAAAAAUCAUUUGAAAAUAUUCAGAAUUGGGUCCGGAAUAUCGAAGAGCAUGCAUCCCCAGAUGUUGAAAAGAUGAUUCUUGGAAACAAAUGUGAUGCAAAUGACAAAAGACAGGUUUCCAGAGAGCAAGGAGAGAAGCUUGCUGCCAGUUUUGGAAUUAAGUUCAUGGAAACCAGCGCAAAAGCAAAUAUUAAUAUAGAAAAUGCUUUUUUCACUCUUGCAAGAGAUAUCAAGGCAAAAAUGGACAAGAAAUUGGAAGGCAAUAGCCCACAAGGCAGCAACCAGGGAGUCAAAAUCACUCCAGACCAACAAAAGAAAAGCAGCUUUUUCCGAUGUGUUCUUCUGUGAGGGACACUGCCUUAAUUUGAGCAUCUGCUCAGUUGAACUGGACUGUGCCUGUUCUGAGUGAGAUUUCCUCUAUCUGUGGAUUUAACACCUUUCGACAUACCCUGUCACACUGUGACCAUCAAAAUAAGACCGAAAAAAAUGUUUAUUUUAGUAAUUGUCUGAUUCUUCAAUUUUGGAGAUGAAACAAGCUUAUUUUUGUCACGUUGCCAUUUGGCAUCUACAUUGUUUAGUGGAAGGGGUACAGAUCAGAUGUGACCUGCGAUAGCACCUUUACUGACAGGCUUCAUUCUUUGGGAUGGGGUUUAUAUCUGUAAUGUCUAACAUAGAAAAUUAAGUUAUGAUCAAAAUAACUCUAAAUGGCUUUACACUGAAAUGCCAAUAUUAAUAAACUAAUUAUGUGUACAUGAUACAUGUGCAUAUAAAUGUCUGUAGAUACAUAUAGAACAAUCAUUUUGAAACAUCAAAUAAAUGCACUUCUGUAAACAUAAUGGGGGUACACGUUUCAAAAGCUAUGCAGGAGGUGUCUGCAUAUCCCUCAUUUGGUUGCCACAGAACAUCCUUUGUCUACCUAUCUCUAGUUCAGUUCCUGAAGUCUACAAUUAAAAUAAACAAAAUAUCUCUUCAAAAAGUUUUUGAAACCAAAGCAUGUUGUAAAUAGUGUACAUUCUCAACAUGAGGCAUUUGGAGAGAAGCUUUAUUUUCCUGUGGUAGAUAUGACCACACAUAAUACAUUUGAUUAUUUAGGUAUCUUUAACUGGAGAGAAUAUUUUACAUCUGUGCAGUCUACCUGUUGGAAAUACAGGCCAUGGUUCAGAUCUGUAGACCACUACAUCAAAAAUCACAUCAUCAUGAUGGACAACAUAAGGUGUGUGUUUUGUGCAUGGUUCUUUUUUCCUUGUUUAAUUUCAUAGUUGAGGAUGACCUCAAAUCUCAUAGAAUUGUGAUUUCCAGUUUCUGAAAAUAGGUUAUCAAACUGCAUUCCAAUCAUGCAUGUACAUGUGCACAUUUGCUCACAUAUGCAAAAGCACACUGCAUACACAUACUUCCUGAAAAUUCAUGUGUAUAAAUGACAUUUUCUUCCUGCCCUGCAAUGGUUACUUUACAAUUUAAAGCAGCAGUGAACUUCUUGUAUUAUGUGCAGCAUUGUAAAUACUGGGAUAUAAGAAGCAGGUGUUGACUCUUAAAACCAUACUUCUCUAUAAUGCAUAUUUUAUUCUUGCAACACCUGUGCAUAACGUUCCGGUGACUAGUAUUUAGCAGCUAACUAACACAAGUUAUUAUGCAGCUAGUUGCUUUCAAGUUACUGGGUAUAAAAAUCAAUUUUCCCUAAUUAGAUUGGGGGAAAAAGACAAGUCUAACCUACUUGGAAGCCUGCUGUCAUCGUCAACCACUCGGCAUAAUAGUAUAUUUGGAAAGAAUGAACUUAUUGGCAAUGUUCUGAAUCUCCCUGGCACUGUUAAUGUGCUUUGUUUACCUUGACAACUGCAUUUAAAGGGAAAUGAUUAAAGUUAAUGUUAAAAUUAGUUAACUCCUU